AUGCGUCGUUCCAUUAGAAUACAAGAAAGAGAUGAUAGAAGAGACCGUGAGAAACGUGAACGUGAAGAACACGAAAGAAAUGCACCACAUAAUAAUAAUAGAGUGCCUAAACGUCUUGCCAGGCAACCAUUCCGACAAGCAAAAAAGAAAAAAAAUUUUCAUCAUGAUGUAAUUUGUCACUCUUCUAGUCACUUGCUGAAAAUGCCGGUAGAUAUGAUCCUCUAUUUACUUGAAUUUCUUGGUCCCUCUUUGGCGAAAAUGGAACAAGUUUCAAAAUCUUUUUAUCAACUUAUUCGUGGUCCUCACAGCCCUUACAGAUUCCUGUAUCACAAUUUGAUGGCCCUUCAUUGUAUUGAUCCCUUUGAUAUCACCGAUGAGGAGCGGGUAAUUCAUGCUCCUGUUUUGCCCACAGUUCGAAAGAGCACUUCCAUUGGCAAUAAAGAUUCCAGAGAAUUGAAAUUUGUAGAAACGUACAAAUAUUACGUUACAGAAGUGUGCACAAUUUGUGGUGAAGCCGGCGACCCAAUACCAAUCUGGGAAGUACGUCUCUGCCGAUUCUGUGUGGUCCGACAACUGAUCAACAAGAGUGCUUUAUAUGCAUUCAUGUUGUCACAAAGGGAGAUCGAGGUAUUGAAGCCUUGGAAAACAUACGUGUACGAUCUUGGCAUACCGUGCACCUUUUACUUACGUAAACAUCUCGACCAUCUUCGGAGACAAAAAUGGUCAGAGUGUACUAAGAAUUUGGAUAAAGAGGUGACCCAUCGUCAGACCAUGAAAUUCACCAUGGAUAACACGAAAAGGAAAAGAAAACAAGAAGAGCAAGAAGCAGCUUUCACGCAAAGAACGAAAGGUAUUCUAAAAUGCUUCUUUGACCUGCAACUUAAACCUGAUUUAUCGGUGAUGGAUGAAUGGUGGUUUCCCAAGGAAUUAAAAUUAGAGAUUCAUGAGUAUAUCUCUAAUAAAACAAAUAACAGUUUGGCCAGAAAGCGUCUUCGACUUUCAAUGGACCAGCAAAAUAACAACAAUUCGAGUAGCAGUAGUGGAAGUUCUAAUAGCAAUAAUUCGGCAGUUCCGUCAACAGGUGGAAAAAGUAAGGCUCAGCGAAAGAGUCUACAAGAGAUCGUGCAUGAAUUAGAAACGGUAGUUGUUCCUCGUGUGGAACGAUUAACUGAAUUAGAAAAUAGUUUGAUGCGUGAUGGUAUUGCAGUUGAAAAACUACGAGUCGAUUUAGAUCUCAAGACUCGUCGAAUAUAUGACGAUUUCAUCCUCGGCAAUCAAAAUCAUGACAGUGAAGUCCCACUGACCGCUGCAAGAACGCGAGCAGAAAUUCUUGCCCACUUUAAACGGGAAAAAAUAUUUGAAGGAUCCGUGCACAAUACAUGGAAGAAUUCAAUCACCAAGGAUGACUUUUUGUGUAAAGAAUUGGAGGGAUCAAAGUUCCUACGAGAUGCACGUGAAUGGUGGGCGCGACGUGGAAAGAAACCUCCACCGGAAAGAUGCGGUGAUUCUUACCUUGCACGUGUUCGUAAGAGGCAAGUUUGGCUUAAAGCUGAUAUGACCAUGAUUCGAAAUCAAGAAACAUGGCGUCGCCAACUAUUAGAAAGAAAGUUACGGGAAAAGAUUGAUUGGUACUUUACUGAGCUUCCGGAGUAUAUCAAUUUGUUGCGAGAAAUCUAUGAAAAAAAUCUGGAUCGUAGGAUGAGAAAUCGAGAAAUCUUUUGGACAAAAGGAUUAUCCACAUGUUUAGAAAUGAUCGAGCCGCCUGAUAGAUUAGAACAAAUGUAUCGUGGUUAUGAAGAUUUCAUAAAAAAUUGCAAUGGUUUUUGUCAGACCGAUGAUGGCUAUUGCGGAUGCUUGGAAUAUGCCGCUAAAGACAUCAUUAGAGCAAAUACAAUACUGCGACGCAAAGAUUGGAUUGAUGAAAAAUUGAAAAUGUAUCUCGAUACAGAUUAUAAAGGUCCUGAACAUUUAAUCUGUCCCGAAGCACGGGAAGAAUAUAGAUUUGCUGUGAAGAAAGAUAUCCCUGUCCCUAAAAAAGCCGCAGUUAUGUACAUUGUUCGCGCUGAAAAAUUCAUGAAACGUCUUUUGGCCGAAGUUCCAACAUUUACUCCCGAGCACAUUACACAGCAAACACAAGAUUGCUAUAAACGUUGUCUGGGACUUAUGGCAGAUUUUUAUGAUCCACCUAGACGUCCAAGCUCGUCAACACAAUUUGCAGCCAGUUCCUAUUUUUACACCAUCGAUAAAGCCAAUCGUCAACGUCCUAGUAUCGAGGAGACAAUUGCAAAGAUUAAAUCAUUCGAAAGAAACCGUCUUGAUCGACUGGAAUUAGUCGACAGGGCAGCGAAGGAAGCUCGCUUGAGUCCAAGUUUCUGGAAUAAAGCGAUGGUCAAACGUCCGAUGGAUGGUGUCACUUUCCAGACUCGUGUUCGAUGGAUUGUUGACAAUGGAUGGUUUUCCUUAAAUCAAUUGGCUCAAGCUUGGGUCUAUGACCAAGAUCAUGUUCCGUUGAGUCAACUUUUACCUUUCAUUGAAGAAAAAGUUAAACAAAUGGAACGUGAUAAGCGUAAAGAAGAUAUUGCAUCACGGAUUAAAGAUGAUUCUGAAUUCCAGACAAUAUUCAAAAAAAUCGACGAAGAUGCGGAAUUCUUUUUAAGAGCUUCCUAUGAGAUUGGAACCAUUUAUAAGGUAUCCAAUUUAUACAAAGCACAUGUCGAUGAUGUUAAGUCUGAAGUCGAUCCAGACAAGGUAGUCCGUCAAGUAGUAGACCUUAUAAAAGACGUCAAAACCGGAAACAUGCUAAAUGGUGGGAAUGGCAACGUGAUUAAUCCAACGGUAGCCGCGGUGAUUACACCCACCACAAAUAACGUCGUCACAAUUAAUGUAACGGCCGGGAAUCCAAUUGUAGCUUCUGCAUUAAGCAAUCUUCAUUCAUUGAUUAAUCAAUCGGCGAACGGGAUUACAAAUGCUAGUAGCAGCAGGCCGUGA